GCAAGGGGCCGGAGGGUAGAUUGUGCAAGGGGCCGGAGGGUAGAGGCCCUGAAGGCUAAACACUCCCUUGGCAGGGGGCCGAAGGCAGAGCCCCUGAUAGGUAAAUGCCCCUAUGGCCCUAUGGUCUGCUCUAAAAGCCCAGGGACCAUGGGACGCCGCAAGUCAAAGAGGAAGCCUCCCCCCAAAAGGAAGAACAUUGAACCCUUAGACACGCAGUUCAAUUGCUCAUUUUGUAACCACGAGAAAUCUUGUGAGGUUAAGAUGGACAAACCACGAAAUGCUGGAAGGGUCUCGUGCCGUGUUUGUCUGGAGGACUUCCAGUGUACUAUUAAUUAUCUCUCUGAAGCUGUUGAUGUCUACAAUGAAUGGAUUGAUGCUUGUGAAUCUGCUAAUUGAUGAACCUACUCCUGAAGAUUUUUGGGAAACAUUCACCCUUUACAUUUGGUGUUCCUCAAGCAGAAAUAGCUUAAAAUAUGUCAUUUACCACAUGCAUGUAUUCUUUGAUUCGCAAGCUGAUAAAGCUACAGAAUAUUUGACAUCUUUCAGAAGUCGUUGGCAGAAGUGCCACUCAAUGUAGAAUCACCCUCAUUGUUAACCAUUCUUGGCAAUCUUAAUGUUUGCAAAAUUAAACUCACUUCACAUCAUAUGUCAUUAUCAUACAAAUGUUUGCCAGCGAUGGAUUUAGGUCUUGUGUUCUGAUUUUAGUAUCUUGGAUUUCCCCUUUUAAUAAAUAGAGAAAACUACUAUCAAAAUGGAAAGCAAUACUUAUAUUUCUCAGUUUUUGGAAUAGCCAUAUUGGGUAAAUUAUAUAUUGCUUAUAUUAUGUAAAAGCUAUGUGACGUAGCUUGUCACACCAUUAGUAAGGACCGUGUGUCUAAUAUGCAAGGAAUUUGGCUAGAUGGUUACAAGUGAGCUUUGCUGGAGAGUAAAUUUAAAGAAAUGCAAGUUGAGCAUGAUAGACCAUAAACAGAACUAUAUGUAAACUUGGGCAUUCCUUUCUUUGUAAGGCCAGUAAAAACAUUUAGGGGAAGUAAUACUGAACCAAGUCAUUGCUCUUUCAGUCUUCAGUAAUUAACUAGAAAGAAGUAAUGCAGUUCCUGAAGUAGUCUUCCUAAAUCAUCAUUGGCUACAUGAAAAGGACAGUUUUUAAUUCAUUCUUUUUGUCACCCAUUUAUAAGAUUCAUUUUUUUGGUGAGGGAUUUCUUUGUUUCUGUUUGCCGUAUUGUUUAGGCGUCUUCUCCAUGAGUAUUGGUUAGCCAACUAUUUAUUACUGCUGUACCAUUUAUCAAAUGUACAUUAGUUAUUGAAAAUGAACCAAAGUCAGGGUUGGGAAGUACUGCCAUUUCCAGACUUCAAGAUCUUGUGAAUUUAGAUAUCCAAAUUAUUGAUUAAUGUAACUGUUAAGACAAAUUAAUGGCUAUCUUGAGCAUAACUUUAUGAAGUACCAAAAGAUAGAAAAUACUACUAGAUAGUACCGCUGGUAUAUUUUAGCUGCAUUCAUGGUUUUGCCUUUAUUUGGGGGGACCAGUACUUCUAGAGAUUUUGCAGGUAGCUUUGGAGCCAUAUUCUUAGUAGCUACAGCAAUCUUGAUUUCUCAGCACGUAAAUUUCUAGGUGGAGAAUGAUAUUAGUUUAAUAAUAAUGGUGAUACUUCCUGCCACAAAUAAUCAGUCAUUAUAUUUAGUUUUUGGUCUCUAAUAUACCUACAGUCAUUAUUACAUACCAAACUAUUUCCACAGAAAGAAAAUUAACUGACAAGAUAAAACCAGAUAAUUUUGGUUGUAUUUUCUUACUUGUAGCAUUUUGUUCACAUUCCUGUAUUUCCAGUAAAUACGGUUUAUCAGUAGUUACAAGAUAAAUCUGUAUUAGUGGACUUGGAACAGAUGCACUGCAAAUAACCCUUUUACACAAGUGUGUGUAGCUAAUGGCUUCAAGACUGAUGUGGAAUUUGCCUGUGAAAGGUCUUCAGUGUCAAGGAAAAUCUUUUUCUUAAUCUAGUAAACAAAGAUGUUCA